GCGUGAGCCUCGUGUGUGUGUCAUCUCUGACGUUACCGACCCGCCUACAUCGCCCUCUGUCUCUCUCCGUGACACAGAGGCUCUUCAGCAGCUGCACGGCGGGUCCGCGAGUGAAGAGCCAGUGGGUCGGUGGCACGGAGCGGCACGGAGCGGCACAGCAUCCGCUGCUCGUAACGCGAGUCCUCAUUGGCAUGGACACCGGAGGAGACCACUGACCAUCCAGGAACCAUGCCUACUGUCCUCGGUGGCAAAGGGAAACUUUCCGUUGUCUGUUUUCUGCUCCGAUGCACAUAUUCACAGGUAACAAGAAACCAACACAACAGCGGUGCCAAAGAUAUUCUGGAGGACAUGACUCAGUCCUGGCCAUCCCAGCAAGCCUUAGAGGGUGACCAGGCUCAGCGAAUCCUUUACAACUCGAAGGAUACAAAACAACUGAAUACACAGCAAAGGCAAAGUCGAGGAGGUGUUCAGCUGCGGAUGACCCGUCAUCCUCACGUGGCACCUCACAAAUCCAUGCUUGCUGAUGACCUGAAGCUGAGCAGUGAUGACGAUGACACUCAUAAGGUCAAUCAUGAGUCAGCUUCCUGGGACAGACAGAGCCUGUCAGUGCAGCGAGCGCACACACAUGGCAGGCGGGUGAGACAUUCCAGUUCAGACUCUUCAGACUCCGACUCCACUGCUGAGUCGGGAAGCAGUAGCCUUCAUUCCCGGAGCCUGAGCCCAGAGGUUCACCCAGAACCCGAAUCACCUGCCAACACGCAGCCACCGUGCAACAACAAGGAGACUAAUCACCCCUCUGCUGCCCAGUGGCAGUUGGAUAAAUGGCUGAAGAAAUCUCGGAAAAAAUCAGCCAGCAGUGAACAGGAUCCUUCCCAAGGCGUUCCAGGUCACCUGCCCUCUCCCCACAUCCAGCAAGCUCCAUCUCCAGCCAGGGCCUGGGACAGCAAUCAGGAAUACAGCCCCAGCCAAAGCCCUAUUCCCAGCCCACAGUUUAAUUACAGCCACAACAAUAGUCCCCUACCUAGCCCUGGUUACAGCUACUGCCCUAGCCCCAGCCCAUUCACCAGUACCUGUCCAAGUCCCACCCCUAGCCCGAGGCAUAGCCCGGUCCCCAGUCCAGUUUUAAGUGUUUGUCCUAGUCCGUAUGGGAGCCCAAGCGCCAGCCUUAGCCCUAGCCCUUUACUUAGAGAUCCUCCAAGAAGCCCAAGUCCCAGCCUACCUCCUCGUUACAGGGUUCAUCACUACCCUGAACUUCUGAGUCAGAACCAAAAACAACCUGGUCAAACAGCCAUUCCCCACAGGACCAAAAUUAGGUCAUGGAUUAACACUGACACCAAGAACAAGCAUACAAAUAGUACUCAUCCUCAGCCAACUCAUCAUUAUAGGCCCAAGGCUCGACCCACACAGAACCAAGACCAAAGCCAAUCCAAGGCUUCUACUGCUUUAAACUCUCACCAGGGUCAGAGCCACAAAUCGAGACCCAAGUCUAACUUUCCUACAAAUUCUAAACAGACCUCUGACAUCCCCAAAGUUAAACACACCUCACAUUUAGAGCAAAUCCAGGGUAGCAGAUCCAACCACAAGCCCAGGCCUCAGUUUCAACCUAGCUCACAACAUAGCCCCACAAGAGCAAAGCACUUAGCUCCUACUAGUCGUGAAACCAAAACUGGUCACAGUUCUGAUUCCCAGGCUGCCUCUAAAGCUGCUAGUAAUUCUAGUGCUGGGUUGAACUCCAGGUCUAGUCCUGGUCUAAAACCUAGGGUCAAAUCAUGGGAGGCUACAGCACCAACUCCUGUGCAUGUUAAUCAGACAAAAACGUUGCAGAAGAAGCCCCAAACCAAGGAACAGGAGGUGGACCACAGAGGAAAUCAUCUGACCCAAUCAGAGGGGAGAAAACCUGAGAGAAAAGAGGACAGACAGAAGGAAAAACAACAAGGAAAACAGGAGAGAAAGGAAGACAGGAGGCUGGCGGAGGAGCAGCUUCUGAGACAUCCCUGGAUCCAGAGUUCAGAGGAAGAAGAGGGGGAAGAAGAGGAGGAAGAGAGACCAGUAGAGAGGCAGAGGAGGAGAGAGGAGACAACAAGAGGGGAAAACAGGAGGAGCAGGGAGCAGCAACCUAGACGUGAAUGGCAAACAGUCCAGGCCAAACAGAGACCGCCUACCAACGUCGAGCGGCACCACCUGCAGGACGACUCACACCACCAGGGGAGGGCAAAAAAGGGAGGCAGAACUGAGGAGGAGAGGGAGUUACAACCAGACUCUUCACCUCCUCUGUCACAUUCUCCAACUCCUCAUACACCAUCCUCCUCAUCCUCUGCCUCUUGCUCUUCAAAUUCAGAUUCAGAAUCUGAAUAUCAGGCUUUGAUCACCAAAGUUUCAGCAGACUCUACCUCCCACAAGAGACUCACCAAGAGAGGGCAACAAGGCCCAGGCAGACCUGAUGCCAACAAGCCGAAGGCAGUGCACCCUAGAGGACCCAUCUCAUGUAAUCCAAGUGAUGGGCAGCAGAAUGAGGGGAAGCAAAAACUCUACACCUUAGUCCCAUUUGGGCGAGGUGACCAGACUACAGUGUAUUCCCAGCGAGGUCUUAGAAAUCUGGUGGUGCAAAUAGACCUCUGUCUUCUCAAAAGGGUCCCAGACAGCACUACUAAUUCUACAGUUAAGCCUCCACCCUCUUCCUCCUGCUCUUCAUCAACCAAGGACAAGCAAAGAGAGGCUAUGAAACACCUUGCUGCAUCUGAGAGCGUGACAAUAGACAGCAAAAGGAAGCGCAAGUUGGAGAACGAGGUGUCACACAGACAAAGUAAGAGGAGUCUUCCUAGUGCAGGUGACCUCUCAGCCCGUACAGAGUCUUCAGCUCACACAGCUGAGCACAACUUUGUGACUGAGACCACACACAAUGGGUACUUGGAGGAGUACUUAGACAGCAAGAGGCCGUUGUCUCCCCUGUCUCCUCUGUCCGACAGCCCCGCGACCACCAAGCCUCCCUCCAAAACAAAGACUUCAGAGCAGCACCACAUCCACGCUCACAAGCACAAAGACAAGAACAGAGAUUCUGCUGUGAAGCCCAAGAUGGAGGUGGAAUGUGUAAAAGUGUCGAAACAGUCCCAACUACCCUCCGAGUCCUGGGGCCCUACAGGACACAGGGGGACCGUGCCUAACCAUGAAACUCCACAUCAUGCUGAGUACUACUUACAUGAAGCCAAAAGGAUGAAACACCGUGCUGAUGCAAUGGUGGACAAGCUGGGGAAGGCUGUGAAUUACGUUGACGCUGCUCUCUCCUUCAUGGAAUGUGGGAAAGCAAUGGAGGAAGGGCCACUCGAGGCCAAAUCUCCUUACACCAUGUACUCAGAGACAGUGGAGCUCAUCAGGUAUGCAAUGAAGCUGAAGAGCCACUGUGGCCCUGGAGCGAGGCAGGAAGACAAACAGCUGGCAGUACUAUGUUUCCGGUGCCUUGCCCUACUAUACUGGCAAAUGUUUCGUUUAAAGAAGGAUCACGCACUGAAAUACUCCAAAGUGCUACUGGACUAUUUUAAGAGUUCUCCCAAAGUGCCUACAACACCACCCUGUUGGAAUGACUCUGGAAAGGGUACAGGAGGACCUGCGUCUUCGCUCUCACCCAAUGCCAAAUACCAAGGACGAGGUUCACAUGGGGGCAGCAGCGCCCCCUCUCUCAUAAGCAUUCCCCAACGUAUCCACCAGAUGGCAGCAAAUCACCUGAACAUCACCAAUAGUGUCCUGUACAGCUAUGAGUACUGGGAGGUGGCAGACAACCUUGCAAAGGAGAAUAAAGAAUUCUUCAACUACUUGAAUACUUUGUCUGGGCCUUUGACUCUUCACAGCAGCAUUGCUCAUGCGGUCCAGUACACCAGACAGGCUCUUCAGUGGAUACGCAUUAGUGCCAAACUUAACUAAGAAGGAGAGGAUUUACCUUAACCUGCCCACUGGAUCUCCAGGCUGCAUUUUUCAUAGAAGAGACCGCUGGAUCUCUAUGCAGCUAACAGGACAGCACUGAUGCCUACUGUGCUGUGUGAAAUGGAGUUGGAUAAAAUCCCACAGGGACUGACAUUUGUCAUCCUCAUAGGAUGUUGAGGUGCUGUCAAUCUGGGCCUUCUUAAGGAGCUAACAUUAAACUUCUCAGUGAUUAUCAACAUGCACCUUCUUCCUCAUCAUUGGAUUAAUCAGAAGAAUUGUGUGCACUGUCGAUGAUUGAAGUCUCAAAUCAUUUGCCAAAUGUCCCUAGGACCUCAAAGAACUCAUAUUCAGUAGCAUUUGCAAAUUCAUGUGCAAAGCCUUUUUCAUUCUUUGGAAUUAACCAUUACCCUAUGGCCUGAUUCUCUGGGGCCAAAACAGGAGAAGAUGCUAUAAAAGACCAAACAAUCAUUUACCACUUCCUCCAUUGUAGAAAACAUGUCUGCAUCUUUUGCUAAGGAAGGUUUUCAUAACUCUUGCUUUUCAAAUCUUUAUCUUCAGUUUUAUGUGUUUUUACUGUGCAAUAUUUGAAGAAAAUACAAGAAAAUAAAAUGUUGGUGAGUAGAUGCCAACAUUCAAGGUUGCAUAAUGUAUUUUGUCCCUGUUUUUAGUUUGGGGGUAUGCAGUUGAAUGAAAAUGAAGUUGAUCAUUCAGAUGUGUUUUUGGUAAGUUUACUGUCAGGAGAAUUCCAGUUUCUAUGAAAGUGCAUUUCAUUCCAAGCAGCACAAACCUGCAGGUUUGAGGCAUAAGGACAAAUUGUACUUGCUACUACUUACUUUUCUCAGUGUGUCUUUUAUUUCAUUGUAUUGAUCAUAAGAUCAUAACUUUAAUGGCAGUGCUUUUUUUUUUUCAAAAAAUUCAUUCAUCAGCAUAGUGAUGCAAAUUUGUGACAGAGUUGUUUCUCUGGCUUUAUUGCUCAUACACAAGCAUCUAUAGGCGCACACACUCUAAGUGACAAUGUAUGAGUCAGACUCAUUGGUCAGGCCAGUUGCCUCACACAAACAGUCACACACAUCACUUCCUUUGGCUCCCAAUUACUGCAACUAGCCUAUACUUCCUGCUGCAUCAAUACGGAAGUCACACAUGUCUGGUACCAUAGCAACAGAGAACAACCAAUAAGGGUGCACCCCAGGACACACACACACACACAAACAUACACAAAGGCUUGGGUCAAUAGCAUCCUUUAAUUUUGUGG